GCUGGUAGCGUUAUUUCAUCUCGUCUUAUUGUUCGUACCGUCGACUUUUUCUAUUUCAUCUAUGCUACCACGAAGGAGCAAUCAUUGAACAACCAAUCGCGUGUAUCGAUCUGUAACAUGGGUGGCUAAUCGUCAGGCGCAAAAGCCGAGUCUGCGGUGACCCCGAGUUGCUUGGAUGCUGGCGACCGGCGGCGCGUUGAGGUAAAAGUUAGCGGUAGUCUAGUGAUUCGGUAUUUUGGUGUGCCAGUCGCUGCGAUGGAGCUGCGCGAGAUGAACGUCGCGACGGAGGAGGAAACCGCGGAGCUCUUGCCAUCGCAGCAACGCGACGACGACGAGAGUUAUUUCAUUGAGUACGCGAUUCAAAAAGAAAUUAUUAAUCGUAACCGAUGCACCGCGAGUCGGCGGCUACUUGGGCAAACUUCGCUCUUGGAUCCUAGCGUUAACAACACUAAUCACCAGUCUAAGGAAUCGCCGUGUGCAGCGAUAAGUUUCAUUCAUGGCUCGGGUCCCAAUUGGCCACCGUCUCGGAAACGUGAGGAGGCCAAGGCCUUGGAAAACCUUAGGAAAAGGGUCGAACAAUCAAAACUCUUCAAGGCCAACCAGGUCUCGGAUCCUGGAGGGUCCUCCGUAACUUCCGUCCGACAAACAACCGAGGAAUUGCAGCAGCUGGACAACCGACCUAAACUCUUCAAAAAAAUCCUGAGUAACAGGCCAAUGAGCAUCGCCCAUGACAGCAGUGAUCUUGAAACAGAUUGGCGUGACAGCGAAUUUAUCACAGAAUGUAUUUGCUGGCAUAACGUUUAUCGACAAAGGCACGCCGCCCCGCAACUUACCAUGUCACCUCAGCUUUGCGAAUACGCUCAAACUUGGGCGAAUCAUUUGGCGCAUACGAAUACCUUUUAUUAUCGAAACGACCGUGACGUGGGUCAAAAUCUCUACUGUCGUCCUGGCGGCGCUGUGACAGGUGAUGUUGCUGGACAGGAAGUAGCUGCUUAUUGGUAUUCAGCGGUCAGACAAUACGACUUUCUCAAAGAACCCGACGUCCUUCAUGCAAACGUGAACGCAGGUCACUUCACGCAGUUGAUAUGGGCAAACAGCAGAGACUUUGGAGUGGGCAAGGCGCGCAGUCGUAGCGGAAAGAUCAUCGUUGUUGCAAAUUAUCAACCGGUUGGAAACAUCUCGGGACAAUUUCAGAUGAACGUUCUUCCUCCUAUUCCGGACUGCGCUAAUCUUCCGUUACCAACACCACCCAGGGUACGGAGGUUCGAAACACCUAUGUCCGACGACCUGUCAACCAGCAGCAACAGCUCAAUCAGUACGCAAUAAUACAAACCAAACGACUGCCUAUUUUUUGUAUGCGCGCGUUGGAUAUCCAGGGGUACCGGGCGGCUUGUGGGAAUGUUUUACUUCACGAAUCGUCGGCAUGUUGAUUUAAGUGAAACCUAGAUAUAAAUAAAUAACAGAUAUUGGUUAUUUGUUAUUUUGGUUGCAGGCUGCACACGAUGAAUAAAGUCUUUGCUCGCGAUUGCAGCUAUCUAAAAUCCAAAUGUCACGUCUGGGCUUAUCGAUUCCAUAACGAAUCUCACUUCCUUUUUUCUUCUUCUUGUUUUCGAAUGACCAUAAUUCGUUUGUUCUAAUUUCGAUUUCGGAAUUCCGAAGGCUAAACGAUUUGAAAUAUAAUUAUACACGUCCUCAACUCGACAACUGCGAUACGAUAUCUCGUCGACGUGAAAGUAUUCAUCAAUUAUUAAAAUAUCAUUAACGGUAUUGCCAAGAGAUUUCUAUACUCGCGUGACGAAAUAUUUGCUCGAAACAAAUGUAUCAAAUAAUCCACCGUUGUCAGAGCUAGUUCACGACGUCGACUUGUCUGUUUAAUUUUCAUCCUCCUAUCUCGGAAAUCAUACCUUAUAUUACAUUAUACGUGCUUAUUACAAAUAUAUACGCCAUCGUGUUCAUAUUUUACAACUUAAAUUUAAUGAAAUUUCCAAUUACCUUUACUGCCAGACGAACGCUGUAUUCUCUAGCAAAGAACUAAUCCAUAUAUAUGUAAUUAUGAUUAUACAUCCGCCAUUGAAAUCGAAGGGGGUGUGAUGAUCUUUUUUUCCCUCUUAUUCACCUUCUCUCUUUUACAAUUCGUCGAGCAUACCCAUUUCAAUUCGUCGCAUCAAAUGAUCCAGCUCAAAAUCGAUUCGAGAGUUUAAAUAUCGCUCAAUGUUAUACUUGAAUAACGAUACGGUACGAUGGCAUAAUUAUGAUUACCUGCAUUCACGAAUACAUGAUGAUAAUAUAAUAUUAACGAUAACAAUAACAACAACAACUAGGACAUUUCCGUAUCGAUGAAUGAAAAGAGAAUGAGAAGAGAAACUAACUACAUACACAAUUUUGAACCGGUCAGGCGAAAAAACAAUCAGAUAAUAUCUUUAUCUUCUUCGCGAAUGCAGACUACGAUUACCAAAGGAUAAGUUAAGCUAAACCAUAAUAUAUCUAUGGCUGAACCUGCUCAAAUGUUAUACAUAUACAGCAAUACUUGAUUAAUAUCCUUGGAAUACCAUAUUAAGAUGUAAUGAAUUGCAUUGUUGUAACACAACGCUGAAGAAAUUGUCGAGUUUGUUAAAUUCGUGUUUAAAUUAUAUUGUAUCGAAAAUUCUUUGAUUAUAGUUAAGACCAAAGUAACAAAUCAUUGAUAUAUGUUGUCUAUAGUGUUAACAAAUAUUGGAUAACAAAACCAAAGACAAAAAAAAGCGCUUGAUUAUUAUGUAUAAUAAAUGUGAUAAUUCAGUAACGGGAAGAUCGAUCGCAGGAAUUAAUGAUUUACACGUGUCAUUGCGUAAAGAACAAUACCGAAGGGCAAAAAAAAUAAAUUUCAAGCUAGAUGAUAUUGAUUCCUACGAUUGAACGACGCGAUCGUUUUGUUUUUGCGUAUGCAAGAAGUUUGAAUUAAAUAUAGAAGAAAUAAAAAAGGAACUAAGAGUAAACAAAAAAAACUAAAAAUGAAAACAAACAAACAAAGAAUAACAAAAGUUGGCGAUAUAUUUUAUUAGAUUAAGAUGUGGUGCCUCUAGUCGUAAGUUUAUAUAUGGCUAUAAGCGUUAUAUGCAAGAUUAUUAACAACGAGUUUAUGUAAAUUUAUGAAGAAUUUUAAUUGAUAUACAUAAAAGAAAACAAAAAAAAUCUUAAAAAAAAAAAAAAACGGCGCACGCGACCCGCGACGCGCGUACUGCAGGUGAAACUGAAACCCUAUUAAGUCAUACAAUUGCUAUGCGGGUUGCAUAAAAUCCGCAAGGUGCUCAAUACCCGGGAAUAUAUGUAUAUUAUAGUAUGUGUACGAAAAAGGAACAAAAAUCAUUGAAUCAAAAGAGAAAGAAAAAGAAUAAAUUCCAUUGAAUAUCCGAA